GCGAACGCUUGCGCUACACAAAACAGAAGGUCCUCCGCAUGCGUCCGAUUACCCCGAAGUCAAAGGAAAUAAUCAUAGUUAAGCACUUGUCGCGUGUCUUUCGAACGCGCUUGUCGCAAAAAUUUUCGGUUCUAUCGUCGCGUGAUACGUUUAACAAAUUUUAAAAAAAAAAACCAACAAAAAAAAAUACCACGUGGUUUGGACUAUCACUGUAAAUUAAAAUUAAUUUUUUCAAUUUAUUUACUUUUAUUUCUAAAAUAAAAAAUGUGAUUUCAUUUUUAUUGUGUCGUGCGUGCUAAAUAUCGUGGACCAAGUUCUGUUUUUUGUUUCUUAAUUUAUUAUAAUUAAUUUUUUAAAAAAAGGUGAUAAUUUCAUGGUGCUAUGUCCAGAAGAAAACAGGCCAAGCCACGAUCUCUCAAAAGAGAUGAAGAGUGGGCAGAAGGUCCUGAACCAAGUGUCCUUGAAAAUUCAGAACAAGAUGAAGAAACGAUAGUGAAAGAUGAAGAUGACGAUGAGGAGGAAGAAGAGGAAGAAUUGCAAAGAGCCUUCAGUCGUCAUUCGAAAGAUUUUCUACACAAUGGAAGACGUUCAUUGAUUCAAGAACCAGAUUUGGAAAACCAAAAUAGCCUCGAUAGUGAGGCCCUUGGAACUGGAAGUUCGUCUUGGCAUAGUGAAGAAGGAAGGCCAACAUCACGUAAAGGAGAAGAAACGCCAUCUUCUUGCGCGACACCAACUUCCACGAGUUUCCCCUCUGAACCGGAAGUCGAAGCUGAUAUUAGUCAAACUGUCGAUGGUAAUAAUCCAGCUGCACCAUAUCCUUGUCAAUUUUGUGAUCGAAUGUUUCCACGAUUGAGUUAUCUCAAGAAACACGAACAGAGUCAUGGUGAUCAGAUGCCAUACAGAUGCAGUUGGUGCGCAAGAUUAUUUAAACACAAACGAAGUCGUGAUCGUCAUGUUAAAUUGCACACUGGCGACAGGAGAUAUCGAUGCUCGCACUGUGAGGCCGCAUUUUCCAGAAGUGAUCAUUUGAAAAUUCACAUGAAAACCCAUGACACACAGAAGCCAUUUCAAUGUACAUCAUGUUCCCGAGGAUAUAAUACAGCAGCUGCUCUAACAUCUCACAUGCAAUCACAUAAAAGACAUCAAAAUACCCAAGGAUCAAAAUUAGAAAUGGAUUUUGGUCGUCGAAGUGUAUCAUCCCAUAGUACAGCAUCACCUCCAAUUCCAAAUUCACCAUCACCGAAUUUAAAUUUAACACUUAAUCAUAAAUCAAUAAAAUCACAGGCAAGUGCCUCAACAACACCAAUUUUAUCACCUUUGAAAUUAACAUGCAUGUAUUGUACACGUGAUUCCUUCACCAGUAUGCAACAACUUCAACUUCAUGUUCAUACAAUGCAUCAAGCAAUUUUAAGUGGAGAAAAUCUAAUGCCAUCACCAGGUCAAACUGCCGAAUUAUCAAAUCAUCAAAAAAUUGACAGAAAUAGAGAAGUUAUAUUUUAUGCAAAAAAAUUUCCCGAUGAUAGAAAUUCCCUACAGGAGAAAGAUUUAUAUGAAUCAUCACUCACUUGCGGUCAAUGUACAAUGAAAUUCGCAUCACCUAAUUUAUUACGAGAACAUUUAAUAUCAAUUCAUCGUGUCGAUGGAUUAGGAUCAUUGAUGAUUUGUCCACUAUGUGGAAUUCCAUGUUCAUCAGCAGCAGCAUACGCUGAGCACUAUGUACUUCAUCAUUGUGAAGAUAGAAGAUUAUCUGAGGCACGUGAAUAUGGUGAUCCAAAAUUAAAUGGAUCUUACGAUAUCAAACAAACAAGAGCAAAAAUUGCCAAAGAUUUUGAACCCGCCGAUUUAACAAAUAAAAAUUUGAAACCGAAUGAAAAUUAUUCAGCCGGAACACUUUUAUGUGGACAAUGUGGAGCAGCAUUAAAAGAUUUUGAAUCAUUUAGAGAACAUUUAGCGAGACAUCUUAAAGCAGAUCAAAAAAAUGAAACACCACGUAAUCAAUGUCCAAAAUGUGAGGCCAAUUUUUCAGAUAGAGAAGAAAUGAUGGUGCAUUUGACAAAACACUUUUUAGGACAAGUCACUAAGGAAUAUGCUUGUAAUGCUUGUAAAAAAUUAUACCCCCAUCCUGAUCUUCUUCAACGGCAUUUACUCGAUUCACACGCACAUCAUUUAUAUCGUUGUGCACUUUGUAGAGAUACUUUUGAUUCUCGUGUAGCUAUACAAGUUCAUUUUGCCGUUAAACAUAGUCAAGAGUGUCGUAUCUAUCGCUGUAAUGUUUGUUCAAUAAACAACGAAAAUUCCCCUGGCAAUGCACCAGUGGAAAAUAUGAAUUUCUUCAGAAGUGAAGCCGAAAUGGCAAAUCAUGUAAGAACAGUACACGCACCUCCGUCCCAUGUUAAUGAAAGUCCAUUACCACGAAGUCCUGCCUCAACUCCAGGUAUCACAAAUAGAUGUGUUUUUUGUGGAAUUUGUUGUAAUUCAGAUUUAGAUCUUCAACUUCAUAUGGCAAGUCAUUCGACAAAUUUAUACAGAUGUCCUAUAUGUCGUGAGGGUUUUGCCGUUGAAUUUCUUCUCGAUCGUCAUAUUGCACAGGUUCAUCAUUCCAAUCAUACAAGGGAAAAUGGUCGAAUUCAUCGUCCAUCGAGAUCACAGGAGGAUGUUAAUUCCGAGACAAAUAGAGAACAAAGAACAAAACGUGGUCGUUCACCAGCGUCGAGUAAUAAUAAUUCACUAAAUCAACGUGACAACAAUAAGAGACCAAAUUAUGGAACUGUUCAACAAUGUGAACUUUGUGAACGUGGUGAAUUUACAAAUGAUGCCGAACUUCAAGCACACAAAAAAUUAGCUCAUACACCAUCUAAAGUUCAGGGAAAAUCAAUGUCAUCAUUAAGUAUGACUUGUGCCUAUUGCGGUGAAGUUUGUCGUUCGCGUAGUGAAUUAGAAUCACAUACUAGAAUACAGCAUGCAACCAAUGAGCAUGGUGGUCGUCAUAAAUGUAAUAUUUGUGAUGAAGUCUGUCCAUCAGGUGCAACACUCGCUGAACAUAAACUUCAGAAACAUUGUAAAAUACAAUUAAGUGAUAUCUGCAUUGUUUGUCGUGGUACAUUACAUUCGGAAUCACAAUUUUUUGAACAUGUUCAAAGACACAGUUUGGAGAAUGUUGAUCCACAACAGAGAUUGGAUAGUACACUUCCACAUUUGCCGGCACCUUGCGUUGUAUGUAGACAAACAUUAAUUAGUGAUCUUGAAGUGAGACUACACGCCAGGCAUCAUUUAAGAUCAAAUUCAGGAUCCCAAAAUUCCGAAAGUCCAAGUCCAAAACACAAUAAAUCAUCAACUCACAAUUGUUGUCUUUGUCUCAGGGAAUUUAAUGCCGAGGAAUUUGUUAGUUUACCAUCAAAUCAUUCAACUAAUUCAGCUAAUUCUCUUCUAUUUGUUUGUAAAGCAUGUUACAUGAGGCAUUCACAAGGUCUUCCAAUAUUAAACUACGGACAUCCAAGAUCAAAAAGCGAAUUAUGGUUAAAGGAGACACAAUGGGAAAAUGCUUCUAGGGAAAAAUGGAAUGGAAAUUACAAAAUUGAAGAAAAAACAUCUGAUGUUGGUACAAACGAUGUAAUGAGAUGUGAAGAAUGUAAUAUCAAAUUUGAAGAUUCAGAUGAAGCUGAAAAACAUCGAAUUGAAGAACAUAAACCCUUGGGUACAUACACGUGUAUACAAUGCCAGGUGUCUUUUCCAACGGAAGCUAAAAUUCAGGAACAUGUAAAGAAAGAACAUCUCGAAUCAUCGGGAAAAGAAUCAUUGGAAGCAUUACGUUGUCAUCUUUGUUUAUUUGAUGCCAAUAGUCCACUACAAUUGCAAAGUCAUCUAAUAGAGCAUACUUUUGCCGGAUGUACUGCAUUAAGUUGCUAUAUUUGUCAGUCAUUAUUUACAGCACCCAUUGGACUUCAGAAUCAUAUGCUCCAACAACAUGGAUUGGGAGCUCGUCCAUACGACUGUAACAAUUGUGAAUUAAAAUUUUUCUUUCGAGCCGAACUUGAUCAGCAUGUGGGUGUUUUUCAUUCUGCGCGUGUUCCAUCACCAAAAGAUGUAAAAAAAAUUGAGAAUGGUAUUCAAGAACACGAUAAAGAAAUUCACGAGAAAAUAACAGUAAAAGAGGAAAUUCAUCAAAUCAAUGAAAAUGAUGAAAUCACUGUUGAUGUUAAUGAAAAAUAUGAAAAUCAAGAAACAAAUACUAUUAAUAUGGAAAAUAUUCAUUCUGACAAAGUUUAUACUGAACAGAUCAAUGAUUCUGAGUCGUAAAAAUUUUUUUUCCUAAAUUUAAUUUAAUAUUCCUAAUUAUUUGUAUAUAUAACAUAUAAUUUUAGCAAAUUUUAAUAAGAAAAUAAUCCCUAUAAUUUAAAAAAAAAAAAAAAAUUAAUUUUGAUUUGUCAAGUUCAGAUGAGAAUUUGUAAAAAUAAUUCAAUUGUACAUAUUCUGUCUUCCUAUAAACAAAUAUAAAAAAUAUCAAUAUAUAUGAAAAAUUGUAAUCAAUAAUUACAAAUUUUCAUAUAUAAAAAAUUGAGCUCAAACAUUUGGAAAGUUUCAUAAAAAAAAAAAAAUGUUUUUAAUGCAACUUUUACCAAUAAUUAACAUUUUGUAUUUAUGUAAAAUGUAUUGUAAAAUUUUUUUAAAAUGAAAUUUUUAUCUCUGAUCGAAAUGAUCAAUGUUUUUUUGUACAUAUACUGUUUUUUAAAUUUUAAAUUAAAAAAAAAGUUAAUUCAACGUAAAUUUAAGGCUUUGUUUUAUGAAAGUAUUAUGCAAUUGUUCAAUAGAAGGUUAUGGUUUAUAAUAUUUAUAAUGUUUAUUAUUAAAUUUCUAUACAAUAAUAAUUAUCAUCAUUAUUAUUAAUUUUAAUGAUUAUUACUAUUACUAUUACUAUUAUUUUAUACUAUUACUAUUAACAAUUAAUACAAUUAUUAUUGUAAUUAUUAUAAUUAUUCUUAUUUUUAUAUUACAGUUAUUUUUGGUUAAUUUUUUAGUUUAAAAAUUACGGUUUAUUUAAUUCUAAUUAACUUGACAUAUAUUUUGUAAACUAUCUUUAACAUUUUUUUAAUCAGCGUUAAGUUUAACGAUUUAUAUACAUCUUAGCGAUUUUUAGCGUCAAUUAUUUUUCAAAAAAAAAGUAAAAUUUCUAUUUUUGUCAAAAAAAGGAAGGAAAUCUUUUAUAAAAAGUUUCAAUUAGUGAAAAAAAAAAAAUGCUCAUCCAGAGUCAAAACUGUAUUAUUUAGUAUAUCGCUCAACAAUGUUGAUAUUAAGCUAUAGAUAAAAAUGUUAAAAAAAAACUGUAACGCGGUAUUUAAAUAAAGAUGCAAUAACCUGUCCAUUAUAAUUAAAAUUAUACAUCGUUAUAAGAUAGUUAUUUACGAAAUAUAAUAAAUUAUUGUUUUAAAUUA